AUGGAGGCAUAUCUGGCGGAGGUACGCAAAAUCGAGAAACAAUUGUUGGGCCUGGAACUGCAGCACGUGCCGCGCGGCACAAACAAGGAAGCCGACGACAUCACCAAGAGGGCGUCCCGACGCUUACCUCAGGAGCCUGGCGUCUUUGAGGAGCGGCUCUUCAUGCCUUCGGCAGCCCUGCCUACUGCGGAGGCGACUCUACCUCAGGAAGAGCUCCCCCCAGCACAAACCUCGGGAGCCCCCGCCUGUGGCCCGACCUCAGGAGUGCGCUUGCUCCUCGCGCUCGAGCCUCAGGAGGGAUGCUGGAUGGAAGAGUUCAGGGCAUACCUGCUUCAGGGAACCCUGCCGGAGAAGGAGGAAGACGCAGAGCGGGUGGCACGCCAGGCUACAACAUACUGCAUUCGGGAUGGUGAGCUUUAUCGAAGGCGUCCGAAAGACGUCUCCCUACGAUGCAUUUCCAAGGAGCAGGGGCACGACCUACUGGCGGACAUACAUGGCGGGGACUGCGGGCACCACUCUCAUCACACACUCUCGUGGGAAAGGCAUUCCACAGCGGGUUCUACUGGCCCACGACGCUCAACGACGCCACCGAGCUGGUCAAGUCCUGCGAAGCCUGCCAGUUCCACGUCAAGCUGA